UCUAGCUUCUUCCAUCUUGGCAUUAGAACAUUGUUCCUAGCUCUGUUAUACUGAAAGGGAGCCGCUUUUCUCAUUGUGCCAUGAAGGGGUUAGGAGCGUUACUAUUGCUUGUUCAGCUCCUAAGCUGCAAAGCUGUACCCCUGGGUCCCUUUCAUCCCCUGCAUCCACGGGUCAUUGACUGUGAUGACCCAGAGUCUGAAGCAGCAGCUGCCGUAGCUCUGGACUACAUCAAUACCCAUCAUCUUCAUGGAUACAAGUAUGCACUGAACAGCAUUGAGAAGAUCAAGGUGUUGCCCAGGAGGCCUACUGGAGAGAUAUUUGAGCUUGAACUUGACUUAUUAGAGACUGUAUGCCACGUCGUGAACCCCCUGCCCGUUGAAAAUUGUACCGUAAGGCCAUUGACAGAUUAUGUUGUUGAAGGUGACUGUGAUGUUAAAUUGCUCAAGUUGGAUGGAAGCUUUUCCGUAUUAUCUACCAAAUGUCACUCAACUCCAGCAUAUCCCAGACACUGUCACUGUCGAGUUUGCCGUUGUUGCCACUAACUGCUCAGCCAAAGAUGCCCAAGAUCAUGUGGAUGACUGUCAGCCGCUGGCUAAGGACCUAGCUCAAUUUGGCUUCUGCAAUGCAGAAGUUCUCACCAAAACCAGCAUCACGGUGUCCUGCACAAUUUACGAACAUCAGCCUGGAGUGACCCACCAUCACCUGAUUAAGGAUCACCUGGGAGGACAACUUCCCACCGUGGUACACGGCUUCAAGCAUCAUGACCUCAGGCAUUUCCACCACGGCUCAGUCCAUGUUACAUCAGAGUCCAGCUCUGCAGAAGCUCAUGUUGGUCUAACACAAGCAAUUCCUGUGGUCAAAAGAGAUGUCGGGGCUGUUGUUGAUCCAGCCAUUCCUGCUCCCCCUGUAGGUCCAGGUCCUAAACACCCUGUGUGUCCUGGGAGGAUACGACAUUUCCAAGUGUAGGGUAAAGUACAUUAGCUAGCUGCAAGUGGGUUAGCUGGUGGCAUAACCCAUUUCCAGAGCACACUGCCAAGUAUAAGCGUCUGAGAGUGCUCAAAUCCCUGAGCUCCAAUGGGUUUCAACCCGAUAUAUGAAAGUGAUCGAAAGCUCACAAUAAUCUGCUCUGAAAGGUAGGCGACCACAUACUGCGGCUGCUGUAAAACCCAGAACAUCAUGAUACGAAAACCAACCAAAGGUGCUUCACAAAUAAAACUUUAAACAUGAA